AUGAUACUAUUUCAAUUCACAAUUCUCCUGGCCUUUGCACUUAAUAUACGUGCUCAGGCCAAUAUCACAAUCCAACCAUUGACCAAUGUCAACGAACAGGAGCAUACAGGAUACUUCUCAGAUCCCUAUCAUGUCCCAUAUAAGAACGAGACCCGUGUCUAUAUCUCAGGCACCACCCACAAAUAUCUGGAAUGCGAUGGAGAAUUGACCCCCAAAUGUGCUACACUCAAAAACAUCCAGAACAUCCAGUGGAACGUUACAACAGAGCUGCAGCAAGAGUUGGACAAAGCCAAGGUUCAAGUCUGCGGCGUCGCGGGCAUUCAUCCUUUCCAGACUGUUUCGGACAACAAAAAGUCGUGGGACGCAGCAGUGACGCUUCACGUUCAGGAAAAUUCCACGGAAUGUCAUGGUCUCAAGGGCUGGAGCGUCAUCGUCCACGCAACCCCAGCGGGCUCGACAGUUGACACACCACCGCAUGCAUGGACCGGGGACAAAGUUCUUGUUGGAUCAUUCUCUGAUAAUGUCGAUGCCAACUACGACGGGAAAUACUUUCGAACACCAGAAGGGAAAUUGUUCCUAGUUUAUCAGCAGAAUCUGCACAAGAAACCGUUGAAGCGUGAUGGCGUGGUCGCUUGGCCUAUGAAAGACCCCACGACGCCAGCCACUCCCAACCAGAAUGCCACAGUCCUACUCGCUCCUGACGAAGGAUUGAACUCGGAAAACUACCACAACCACAGCGAUAAUAAUUUCAAACUUAUUGAGACGGGAAAUAUUAGGGCUAUCAAUGGAAAGUUCCUAAUGGCUUAUUCGGUCGGGGCUUAUAAUCGCCCAACGUACAAGUUAGCUGUGGCCUACUCUGAUACGUUCCUGCCUGAGAAUGACGGGCAAUAUCGCAAAGUCAUGAAGGAAAAUCCAGAUGAACUCUGGGGAUCCGAGAAGCAGAAAGAAGUCUACUACCUCUUGCAGGCAGACGCGCAGCAUGACGGGUGGCACUACGUUGGAAAUCAAGUUCGUGCCCCGGGCGUACCAACUGUUGCAAAAAUCGGUGCCGGCGAUAGCUGGGUACUGACGUUUGCUGGGUAUGAAGUUGGUGACACGGGGGGCAAUGGUACACUGGAUUAUGUAGCUAAGUUCCGGCGACCAUUCUUCAUCGACCUGGAUGUGAAUGUGCCAACCAACACUUCUGUCAAGGAGGCCAGCGACCAAGACUUGCAGGGCUGGAUCACCCCUAAACACGGAUAG